GAACAUGCGUCAGGUGUGGCUGGCAGAAAGAGCCCUAGCCGAUCCUGCAGCUUUGCCACCUAGACCAGUAAGAAUGCAUUUCGUUGAAAAUGCGGCCCGGGAUAGGGGCCGAAACAACCUGCCUACCGCAAAUGAAGUUGCGGCCGUGUUCGUAGGUGAAGGUGGUCUUCCUCCCAGAAAUAUCAAUCUGGUCAUCUACGACACCAAUCCAAUCGACCGGCAACAGCGGACGCAAUAUAUACCAGCGGGGUCGUGUCACUCGGAUCCCAUGUUAUAUCCGCUUUUCUUCCCGUACGGCGAGGCCGGUUGGCAUAACGGGAUGUUGCAAGAGGGCCCUAGACGAAAUAAUGUCCGAAGUCGAAACACUAUUAGAGAGUUUGCGUGCUACCGUUUGGGCAUUCGGUAUGAGGGAAAUAAUGACACUAGGCAUCAACAGUUCAGUUCAAUACAUCAAGGCCGGUCUUUGUUGCACAUGUAUGUGUGCGACGAAUACGUUCAAAUGGAAUCAAACAAUCUGAACUACAUACGUCGGAAUCAGAGGGAUCUCCUAGCCGAAGCGUAUCAAGGGCUCAUGGACCAUGUGAACCAACACCUCAUCAUCGAUCCUAUGGCGGUCGGCCGUAGGAUAAUUUUGCCGUCGACGUUCGUGGGCAGCGACCGAUACAACAAAAUGUGUUAUCAAGACGCUAUCACCAUGGUCCGUAGCAAAGGCAAACCCGACCUGUUCAUAACGUUUACGUGCAAUCCCAGGUGGCCGGAGAUCACAGAAAACCUGGCGGCUCACAGCGUUGCCAAUGACAGGCCUGAACUGGUGGCCAGGGUGUUCAACAGGAAACUACAGGAGCUACUAGGUGACCUAACUGUUAAUCGUGUGUUUGGUAAUGUUUCCGCUUACGUUUAUACAAUCGAGUUUCAGAAACGCGGUCUGCCCCAUGCGCACAUACUCGUAAUCCUGGAGGAGGAUUGUAAGUUCCGCACGGCGGCGGACGUCGACGACGUGGUUUGCGCCUAUUUGCCGGACCCGGCAACCGCCAGGCGCUUACACGACUGCGUGAAGUCCCACAUGAUCCACGGACCGUGUGGAACAGUCAACCCGCAAUGUCCGUGUAUGGUGAACAACAGUUGUUCAAAAGAAUUCCCAAAAGCGUACGCAGAGGAGACUGUGUACAUUGCGGACGGCGGUUAUCCAAAGUACCGCCGGCCGAACGACGGCCGUGUGGUACUUGUGAGAGGUCGUGAGGUCGGUAACGAGUGUGUAGUGCCUUACAACCCUUACCUUCUGGUCAAGUACGACGCACACAUCAACGUCGAAAUCUGCACGUCCAUAAAGAGCGUCAUGUAUAUCUACAAGUACAUAUACAAGGGACACGACCGUGUGACAUUGGAGGUUCGAGACCAAGACGAAAUAGCCAAUUACGUCAACUCGAGAUACGUCAGCCCGCCAGAAGCCGUCUGGCGAUUGUUUUCGUACCACUUACACGGCAAAAGUCACGUGGUCGUCAGGCUUCCUGUUCACCUGGAGGGUCGUCAGAACGUGUACUUUGCGCCCGGCCAAGAAGAAGAAAGGCUACAGAACCAAGCUGUACGCCACACGAAACUCACGCAGUUCUUCGCGCUCAACGCGACCAACGCGGAUGCUCGACAAUACUUGUACCACGACAUACCGACGCAUUACACCUGGCACAUUCCACGGCCAGAAAGAAAUCUCGGCAAUAUCAAACAAUGGUGUCCGCGGCUGAUUCGGAUGGCAAACGUUACAUUGGCUCGGAUGUACAUAGUGAACCCACUGGACCGGGACCGUUUCCACUUAAGAUUGCUACUUCUGAACCGAAGAGGCCCUCAGUCCUUUCAAGACUUAAGGACGGUUGACGGGGUCGUUCACGAAACAUUUACGGCGGCUGCAGUUGCACUCGGACUAUUGGAAGACGACCGAGCGUGGCGGGAUUGCUUGACGGAAUCGGCGACGUUUGACACACCGCGGCAACUGCGGUACCUGUUCGUCACUAUAUUGGUGUUCUGCCAGCCCUCAAACUCGCGGGCGUUGUACGAGGCGAACGAAGCAAACCUGAUGGAGGACUUCAAACGGCGUCUCCAAGACGUCGACCGCGCGAGGGCCGCGUGUCUGGCAGCCAUCGAGGAUCUACUUCGUGCGCAAGGAAAGUCACCGGUCGACUACGGCCUUCUAAGGCAUUUAUUGCCGAAAGACAAGAACCACCAGCCGCCGUCGUCAUCGAUUCAUAGGGCGUCUACAGUUUGUAUAAACAAAUUAAACAUGGCAUUAAAUUCUGGUAUUCUCUUAAAUGGUAUUCUCCAAUUCACAACUUAA